CUUUUAUUUUGAAGGCGGUCUCAAUCCGUGCGCCUUGACGCAGCAGCGUGGAUCAAGUGGACUUUACUCUGACAGAUAAGUCCUGAAAGUUGCCCCCGUCACGAGGAGCGGCUUAUGCAUUGAGGUCAGACCGUGUGGGGCAGUGAAGAGCCGGGAGAUGACCGACCUGUGGGUUUCCGUAGCGGUGCUGGGGGUUUCGGUGCUCCUCAGCGAGCUGAUCCGCUCCGCAGCGCGUCUGUUCCCGAGAGAUUACCGGAUUUACCUGCUGGAGGCGGCGUCCACAUUCCAGCUCUGCUGCUGUACGCAUGAACUCAAACUGCUGGGAGACUCGGCCCAGCUGGAGCUCAGUUACGGCCUGGCUCUCACCUACACGGUGACUCUUGUCCACGUGGUAACUUUCCAGGACGCGACCUGUAACCCCACCGCAGCUCUGGAGAGCGUGUGCCGCGGAACCCGCAGCUUAAGGGCGGCCGGCGUCCUCAUUACGCUCCAGUUCGCAGCUGCCGUCGCCGCGCAGUCUUAUGUCGCCUCCGUGUGGUCGCAGGGUCUCUCCGACAUCCACCUGCAGCACCAGAGCACUGACUUCAGGUGCUUCGAUCCCCUAGGCGGGACGCUGCUGGAGGCCGUGGUGGUGGAGCUGGCCUGCGCCUUCGUUUUCCAGGCUGCCUGCAUGCACGUCCACAAACUGGACGAAAGACUCCAGGUGCACUUCAUCGCUGCUGUUGUAACUGCAGCAGUUUAUGCAGGUGGAGAGAUUUCCGGAGCCAUUUUCAACCCAGUAUUGGCCUUCUCCGUUCAGUUCCCCUGCAGCGGCCACACCUACCUGGAGUACUGUUUUGUGUACUGGCUGGGACCAGUUUUAGGCGUGGUGAGCUGCAUCCUGCUGUUUGAGAAGAUCAUCCCUUUCCUGUUUGGUGGGAGUACCGUUGGUCUGGACGUUCCUGCCGUCCAAAAAAAGAAGACCCAGUAGGUGCGAGUGGGAAAAACCGUGCCUGUUUUUAAAGCUUUUUAUUCCUCAUGUCUUAACGGAUAACAGCAGCACAGCCAGCUUUUGUUUUUCUUUUGUUAUUAAUGCUGCAGUGCAGGGUUGCCUCACCUUCAAAACGUCUGUGAACACAUAAAAAAACAAUACACACUGUAAUGUAUGGGUACUGUCAGGGUAAAACGCACUUUUAUUGUCACUGAACAGCAAAUGUCAGCUAAGAUGUCAAAUACACUGUUAGAAAGCUGGCAUCUAAUCAGAACACAAAAGUGGCUUCAGUUUCUCACUAAAAGAUGACAAAUGUGCUUCAUACAGAGGCUCAAACCUGCUGUUAAAACACUAUUUUAAAUGUUAAAAAUAACAUAUGCAUUCUGUGGCUUAAGGUUGACCUAAAAUCUUAAUUCUUCUUUCUUCAUGUGCAAUUAAAUGUUAGCUAUAAUGCGACUGCAGCUACCAAAAAGCAUAAAAUACACUAGUGUGCUUUUCUAGUUACCCUACAUUUAACAGGAAAACAGCCGUGGAUAUGCACGGUUAGUGCCAUUUUUUAUUUUCAUGAAUCUUAUAGUCUUAAGAUUUAAGCACAAAUAUUUAAAGUAUUGCCAAAAAAUAACGUGAAAAUUGUCAUAAGCACAACAACGAUGAAUGUAUGCACUAUUAUUAUGCUGAAUGUAUAUUUGUGCUUAUGUCAUCGCACAUGUGACGAAGCUGAAGAACAACAGAAGCACACAGAUUUUAAAAAUACGGACAAAGCACAAGCAGCUAAGUGGUUAAUAUGCAAACAAGUAGGUGUGAUGGUGCACCUACUAAAAUGUAUCUUUUUCUCUAUGCAGUCUGGUAGAUUCAUGACUUUUUGGGUUGUGGGCCAUUAAUUGGAAGCACUUUAAUUAUUUAUGCUGCUCCCUUAUUUCCCAUGAGCGUCACCACAGCGGAUGGAUCCGGCUUACACGACCCUUCCAUUUAUUUUGGUUUGGCACGCCAUUAGGAGUACAAUAGCCUGGGUCUGUUCUGGAUUGGGGGAGCCACAUUCCAAGCCUUUUCUUAAGCCUGAUAUUACUGAUAUAAGGACAUGUUUUCAGAGGUGUGAAGAAAGAUCCCCGGUUCGAGACCAGAAGAAGACUCCAAUCCAUUUGAGGUUGUGCCUGGAAGGUUAUUCUGUGUAUGGAUCAGCUGUGGCAAUCUCUCGUUAAUAAGAGAGCAGCAGAAAGAAUCUAAGACACAUACAGCCACGUGCAAUCUCCAAAUGCCAUAAAACAACAUUAUAAAAGGGUUUAAUUCACUCUUAUUGCCAAACUGGGUGUUGUUGGAGAAAAGGACUGCAGAUGUUUGGUUUUAGUAACCAUGUUUUCAAAGCCUUAAACCUUCAGAUGUCUUGCUUUUCUACUUCAUGUAGCAUAUUAAAGAAAAUUGGACCUCAGUUGUAGGACAUGCUAAUGGUGAUGGUUGGUUUUGGGUGACCAAACCUUUGAUCUUUUAUUGGUUUAAUCUCACGUUUGGCUCGGAUAACGUGUCUGUCUGGUAGUUUACUGUAUUUAAAGGUUCAGGUGCUAGAAUUAUACUGUAUGUGGUGCUGGUGGGACUUUGGUAUUUUAUUUUUGGGGCACAACACUGAAUCUGAAGUUUCUGUGCAUAAAGACAACUGAUCUUAAAAACCUCCUACAGUGUGAGUUUCUGAUUGUAAAACUGGGAUAAUUAUUUUAAAUAAGAAUGUGAUUAAAACAUUUGUCUGUGAACAAAAUGUAUAGUGGUUUUCUAU